CAACGCCAGCCAAUACAAAUUCCGCUUCAAUGGAAACAGAGUAGUGGCGGCGUUGUGAUUUGCUGCAGUUACCGGGGCUCGCUCUUAUAGGCGUGGCCACAGGGUACAGUGUGUUUAUAAAGCCGGCAAUGGUUGCAUCAGUACCAGUUACUGAUCUUUCUGCCCAGCAGGUGAGCGGUGAUGCCUGCCUCCCUCAGCAUGGAGUUGCCUGCCUCCCAACAGUCUCUCUGGAUCUUCGGAUACGGCUCUUUGGUGUGGAAGCCGAACUUCGAAUUUACCUCCAGCAAAGUGGGCUUCGUCCCAGGCUACAGCCGCAAGUUCUGGCAAGGGGACACUUUUCACAGAGGCAGCCCCCAAAUGCCCGGCCGCGUCGUGACCUUACAAGAAGAUUAUUCGGAGUGCACGUGGGGCAUAGCCUAUGAGGUGCGUGGCAAGCAGAUUGAGUCGUCCCUGCAGCACUUGGAUGUACGAGAGUCUGUCCUUGGGGGCUACAUCACUAAACUGGUUAAGUUCUACCCCCAGGACGAGGGAGAGGAAGGAGCAAUACUGGCGCUGGUUUAUAUAGCCACACCUCAGAACCCCCGUUACUUGGGUCCAGCCACUGAAGAAGAGAUUGCAGCCCAAAUUUUAGCAUGUAGCGGCUGUGCCGGACACAACAUGGAGUAUCUCCUGCGAUUGGCCGAGUUCAUGCACAACUGCUGCCCUGAUGCGGAGGACAAGCAUCUGUUCUUGAUAGAGGAGGUACUCAUAGCCUGUCUGUCAUCUGCUAAAAUGGUCCUGGACAAAAGGCACAUUCUGAGGUCUUCAUGACUACCCCAAAACCAUCGCUACCUCGAAAAGGACCUGUCUGUGGUCCAAAUGAGACGGUCACUGACUUACCAGGAUAAUAAUCGCUACUAAAGCGCUCCAGAAUCUGAGACUCAUCCAACACUCAUAUCCAAGUCAAAAUGUUUACAAAUACUUUAGAGGGGAGGGGGUUGUUGAUCAGGGGAUGGUGUCAUUUAGCUAAAUUGACAGAUAAAAUACAGAUAAAAUACUGCCUGGGAGAAGGGUUUUAGGUGGGGGAGCUGUGCAUCUGUUUGUCUUUUUCUUUGUUUUUAGUUGUUAGUAUUGUGUGCUCCAGUUGAGCUGGCCUCUGCUGGAAGUCGUGUGUGUAUAUAUGAAAUCUACCUCCUGUUAUUUAAGGGGUGAAAGAAUAUAAGUAGCAGAUAUAAGGUCCUAAUCUAAAUGGCUGUGUGCCAAAUGUUUGUCGCCAUAAAAAUAGGGAAUAAUGUAAUAACGGGUCCAACAUUUGCUUCAUGUCUAGUAACCUGUAGCAACCAACAUUUCCUGGUCUGGUUGGUUUCUAUGGGUUACUAGGUCUGGAGCAAAUGGUUAUUGACACUACCCCUUGUGAUGAAUGAGAUGAUGAAUGAAUUCUCCGUAAACUGGAUCAAGCAGCAUGUGAGACACAGAGCACAAUCGGGUCAAUCUGAUUGGUUCUUAAACUUCAGGAUUUCAGAAGCCUUUUUAGUGCAAUGUAUGUAUUGAAACCGGUCUGACUCCUGUAAUGUACUGUAGAGUCGCCACCCAUUUGUCCAUCUGUCCCACGUCACUCGCAUUUGUUAUUGUGACCAUGAGCUGCUGUGUGGGUGGGAACAAUAUUAAGCAAUUUAAGAAUUUAAAGAGUAAAAUCACCUUUAAAGGAUCAGUAACCCAUUUUUUUAUAUAUAAAUUUUUUUUUUUAUGGUAUAGAAUGAAAAAGACAUUAAAAUUUUAAAUUGCCAAAAGUCUUUAUUAAGAAAUUACUUACCGAUACUCCACUUGCGCUCCUCUUCACAAGGCAUCACUGUGACAAUCCUCCAUGCGGCACUCUUAUUUCUCCUCCCUGGCUAGCGCCUAUAAGGAAGGCAGGGAGUAGAAAUUGAGCGUUGCAUGAUGGAUUGUCGCCUAUCCUGAAGAGGAGCACAAGCGGAGUUUUGGUAAGUUAUUUCGUAAUAAAGUUUAAUUUGUCCUGGGUUUUUUUUGUUUUUUUUUCUUCUACUAUACCAAUGUAUGUUACUGGUCCUUUAAAGUAAAACUUUUAGCUAUGCAUCAAUCCAAUUGGCCUUCAUGUUUAAGGGUGUGAUGGAGAGGAGAGGGUUUUUUUUUUUUUUUUUAAUGGUGCUGUUAUUUAUUACAUGGCAAAAAAAAAAAAUUAAUAAAACCUCACAAAUGGAAGACCAAUUGCAAAUUAUCUUAAAUGCCAUAGCCUGCUUAAUUCUGAAAAGUUUAAAUGUAAAGGUGAUGUGCAUGUUAGAUACUUAGUGCACCCCCAUCCCCUGGUGUCACAUGGAUACUGUGUAGAUCUUGGUUUAUAUAUGGAGAGAUUAAGGGAUAUUUAUGCUGCUAAAAUAUUUAUUUGAACAGAAAAAAAAGUGGUAUUUGAAUUUAUUAGUAAAAGGGGAAAUGUGCAAUAGUGAGUAGUUGGAGCAAUGAACAUGCCUGAAUUU